AUGGCACCAAAGAUGAAGACCUACCAAAAGAAGGGGUCGAUGCUCGUGAAUCCUGAGGAGGAGGAGACGUUUCAAAUUCCCAACCGUUGGAUGGACGCUUCCAAUCCCCAACCCGAUGCUCAACCCAAUCCACCACCCGAGCCGGCUCUUGAGCAACCGACUGAGUACCUGUCAACGUCCGAGAGAACCGUCACCAACCCAAUGGAGGUCGAUUCAGAUGUAGAUGGAGGAGAACCGGAGGAGAUUCAAACUUCUAGGUCGAGAAGUAGAGCUGUGGUUGCAAAGGGGAAGAGACAAGCCUCUAAAAAGGCUGAGAAAGUAGCUGAGAGAGCGGCAAAAGAGGAAGAUCGAGACACAGAGGAGGAGAGCCAUGAACGAGAGGAGGAGCAGAGAGAACGCACACACCUGGCUUCGCGGAGGCUGAAACAAAAAGAGGUGGAGACUCAAGCAAAGCUCUUCAAAGUCCUCCGCAAGAUGAGCUUUGUAGGAACCCGCUAA